AUGUUAAAAUGGUUGAACAAAGCAAUAAACGAAGACCAUAUAAGAUUUAUAAGUUAUACCGAUUUUGAAAAUGUGCGUUCUGUUGCGCGAGGUGCAUUCGGUGAGGUUUCAGUGGCACGUUGGAAAAGCGGUGAUAAGGAUGUUGCUCUAAAAGCUUUACUUGAUAACCCCAACUCUGGAACUGAAGAAUCUUUUGAAAGUUUUGUUCGUGAGCUUAAAUUUCUUAGGCAUGUAGAUUUCUGCGAUAAUAUUAUUCGAUUUUAUGGUGUCAGUUAUGAUAUAGCUGCUAAAGUGGUUAAACGUGAAAGGGAAGAUCCAUAUCCUGGUACACCAAUUGAAUAUGUAACUCUCUAUAAACAAGCCUGGGACCAUGAGCCGAGUAGACGUCCACUUCUUAAUGAUAUUCGUGAUAGACUUAACGCCAUGUUAAUUGCACGGAAUGUAGAUCCUUUGGAACAAUCUUGCCUGGAUGCGCUUAAAGUUGUUAGCAAAAAAAAUAACAAUAGUUCAAAUCCUCCCAACAACAUUGUACCACCGCUAGGCCGUAUUAACACUAAUAUAAAUGAUCAAAAUCGCCCGGGUACGAAUAAUAACAACAUUAAUAGACCACCUGAACGACCGGUGGUUGCAACAAAUUUAAAUCAAAUAAAUAAUAUUGAACAGGGUAACAAUCAACCCAAUCCUCAAGUACCGCUGACUGUUGUUGGUCAACAUCCAAUGCCAAUUAAAAAUCCUCAACAUCCAAUGCCAAUUAAUAAUCUUCAACAUCCAAUGCCAAUUAAUAAUCUUCAACAUCAAAUGCAAAUUAAUAAUCCUCAACGUCCAAUGCCAAUUAAUAAUCCUCAACAUCCAAUGCAAAUUAAUAAUCCUCAACAUCCAAUGCAAAUUAAUAAUCCUCAACAUCCAAUGCCAAUUAAUAAUCCUCAACAUCAAGUACCAAACAAUAUUGUUCAUAAUCCUACUCAAAACUUUAACGGUCAAAAUCAAACGCGACCUAAUAAUCCUACUCAAAACUUUAACGGUCAAAAUCAAACGCGACCUAAUAAUCCUACUCAAAAUUUUAACGGUCAAAAUCAAACGCGACCUAAUAAUCCUACUCAAAACUUUAACGGUCAAAAUCAAACGCGGCCUAAUAAUCCUACUCAAAACUUUAACGGUCAAAAUCAAACGCGACCUAAUAAUCCUACUCAAAACUUUACCGUUCAAAAUCAAAUGCCACCUAACAAUCCUACUCAAAACUUUACCGGCCAGAUGCCACCUCAUAAUCCUAAUAAUCCUAUUCAAAAUUUUACCGGUCAAAUACCACAUAAUAAUCCUACUCAGAACUUUACCAGUCAAAAUAAAGUGCCAGCUAUUGUUCCUGCUCAGAAUUUUAUUAGACAAAAUUCAAUGCCACCUAAUAAUGCUCAGAACUUUGUUACUCAAAAUCCAAUGCCACCUAAUAAUGCUCAGAACUUUGUUACUCAAAAUCCAAUGGCUCAAAAUACAACGCCAAUUCAUAAACCGAAUGGUUUUGUUCAAAACAAUGCGUCUAAUUUUACUCAACCACAACCAGUUGUUAAUAACCCUGGUCAAAAUCUUAACCAGCAACCGUUUACUGGCAAUUAUAAUCGACCACGGGUUUUUCCGCAAACAGAUCAAAAUCACAUUCCUGUAAAAUCUGCUCCAGUUGUACCUAUAGUGAAUCAACGACCCAUUCCCCCUAAACCGGCUGCACUAAAUGGAGGUCAACAAAUCAAUCCAGGAAAUAAUAUACAAUACCUUAACCCUAACCCUGGUCCAAUUCCAAGUAAUGUAAACAAUAUUGGUCCAGGUCCGGGUGGAAAUCCAACUGUAAAUGUACAAGGAAAUCCACAAAAUCAACAAAAUACAUACACUCAACCUAUCUAUUCAAAUAUGCCUCAAAACAUUCAAUCUCCAAACGGUGUUAAUUUAGGUCCUAGUGGACAAAAUGCAACAGGUUUUACACAACAGACUCAUAAUAUUGUUCCAAAUUCUCGUGUGCAGACUCCUGAUGCUACUCCAAAUUCUGGCGUACAAACACCCAUUACUCCAAAUUCUGGUGGGAAACCUCCAAAUUCUGGUGGGCAACCUCCAAAUUCUGGUGGGAAACCUCCAAAUUCUGGUGGGCAACCUCCAAAUUCUGGUGGGCAACCUCCUAAUACUACUCCAUUACAAACGCCCUCUCCUAAUGGCAAUAGUGCCUAUUUCACUAGCGUUAUAAAUAUAGAGUGCCCAAUGAUACAACAAUGCAUUGAGGUUAAGGAAAGAUAUAAAAAAGAAUAUGGAACUGUGCUGGGUUAUGAAGAUACUAAAGAAUGCCAUGCCGGCUAUCACGCUGGAUUUGGUGACAUUGUAGGAUUACGUCAUCAUUUUAACUUUGGUGCGAAAGUUAAUGGAAUCUCUUAUUUCACAAGCACGAGAGAAAAUCUUGUAAUAAUCGCUGCAAGAUAUUGUAGUAGAAGGAAAUUGAUUGAGAUAUUUAAACUUUUGAAAGAAUAUAACGCAAAUUUCAGAUGUGUUUCAAAUAGCACUGGAAGAACUGCGUUACAUUGUUUAUACGAAAACAGAUCAUUUACCAGAGAUCUCGAUGAUCAUAAAGGAUUACAAAAGUUUCAUAAGUAUAUGAAAGAAGCAAUAGAGUUUUUAGUAGAUAAUGGAUGUAAUAUUAAUGCUAUGGAUAAUGGUAGACAAACAUUAUUAUCGUACUAUUUAUCUGACAGAUUUAGACACAAAGAACACACGCCGAUUAUUUUGACGUUACUAAAAAAAGGAGCAGACCCAAAUAUUCCAUCAAAAUUAACAAUAGCAUCAUAUAAUGCACCUAAUGCAUUGUUUUUGGCUGUAAAGAUUGGUUGGUCAACCGAAGUUCUUGAUGCACUAUUGAAUCGAGGAGCAAGAGGUGACAUAAAAGAUGAUAAUGGUGAUAAUCUGUUAGUAUUAGCUGCUAAAGAAAAACAAUCUGAUACAAAAAAACAAUCUGAUACAAAAAAACAGUUUGAUACAAUUAGUUGGAUAUUAGAGACAAUCCCUGAAGCUAGUACUAGAGACUGUAUAGAAGCCGCUAUGAAGUUCUUAGAUAGAAAAGACAGAAAUAAACUUUCUAAAUGGAAAGGAUCUGAUGGUGAGAGUAGACGACGAUUAGUUCAAGAAAAUUUAGAACUCAAAAAGCAGUUAAAAACAGGAACCGAAUCUUCAAAGGAACUAAAUGAUGAAAGUGCAUCUGAAUAA